AAUAACACAAGCAGCACCUGAUCCUCUUUUCAAUGCAUGUUUUCUUUUGUGGUUUAAUGUGAUCACAAAUGAUUUUAUUUACCAUAUUAGACUAUUUAAUUAAUUUUAGUGGCUGUGCUUCAUAAACCAGCAAUUAAGACAACAGCUAUAUCUUUGUACCUUUGGGAGUUACUUUAUUUUACAUUGAAAAUAUUGUAAUACUGCUAUUUUAUAUUCAGCCUGACUCACUGGUGACCUUUGCAAUUGUAAUAAUGUGAUUUUCACGGAAUAGAUAGUAUAACAGAAACACGACUUUAAAUAAACAAGAUUAUAUUUUAAAGGGCAGCUAUACAUUUAAAAAAAAAAUCCUCACACAUCAUGACAGUAAAUGCCAAACACUGGAAAUACUGCAUUAGUGAAGACGAUCAGUGAUCACAAGUUCUCACAACAAGAUUACAGGAAAGACAGUGAAGGAGACAGUUUCACACAACACAGCAAACUGCAGCCUUUAAUGAAAAGCUUCCUCAUGCUUUCUCUCUAAAAUUCAGCCAUUGCUUAUUUUUGCAGGGCAAUGCAUUGCAAUAUAUUAACAGGCCUAUAAUUUAAAUGUCGUUUUACUUGUUUGAUCCACUGAAACCUUCCUUCCUCCUUCACACCUUUCCAUCCCAUCUGCAUACAGUCCCAUUAUCUCUUCUAACUCCCUCAUAAACAGUGUAUACACACAGUCUGUGGUGUCAACGCACCUGCCUUUCUCCUCCUUUCCUUUCCUCUUCUCCGUCUGAAACGUCUUCAGCGAACACAGUCUGUCCAUCAGCUGUCCUCUUGUUCUUUGCGGCCUUUAUCCUCGCAGAUCAGACAUGUUCAGUGCUUUUGUUUAUACGUUCAUGGCGUUGAACUCGUUUUGUCACCGCUCGUCUGCUGCAGGUCACGGGGAUCCGUCGUGGUUCAUGGGAUGCGUCAACGCCAGCAACAGACUUUAUCCACAUGAGGAUGUCCGUGACCUUGACCCGGUAACCUGCUCUGUGCGCUGCCUGGAUGAAGGGUACCAGACUGCAGCAUUAACAUUAGAGAGAUGCUACUGUGGUAACCAGCUGCAUGGUUGGAUAGUCAGUGAGUGCUUCAACAUAUCUUCCCAUGGAGGGUCAAAGGACAUCAGAGGAGAAAGUGAGGGACGAAGUGUGCUGUACCUGCCUGUUGGAGGUGGAAAGGGAAAUGUGGCACUCUACAGAACUGAAGGACCCUUUCUGCACAGCAUCAGUGUGUCUACCUCUCCAGACAGAGUGCAUGCUGGGAAAACUUUUGUCUUGGAGGUUUCUGGAAACCUGGCUGGACGCCCCAACCAGCCCACAGGGAUUGUGGGUCUGGGAGAGGAGAGCCUCUGUCAUGUCAAUGUGGAGUUUCUGUGGACAACCACUGCAGGUCAAAGUUCGCAUCAUGUCAGCGUGUUGGAUGAUGGUUCCUUUGCUGUGUCAUCUGAUUGGAUUUUGGAAACUUCAGGAAAACAUGAAAUCAACAUCAGCGUCUCCAACCCUCUAUCCAGACUCUCCUCCACCCUCCAGCUCUCUGUCUUGCAGCCAUUUCCUGACACCUUGGUGAUCUCUUUGCUUCAUGGCCCAUUGGGCGUCCCCUCCUGCAUCCCCUUCCUACAGAUGAACUCCCACAAUGUGACUGUGAAGGCAGCAUACGUGGGUGACCCUGUCACACUACAGGCAUAUGUGGCUGAUGGGAUGGAGGCAGAGUUCUCCUGGUGGUUUACUCAUAGAGAGAAGGAGGAAAACAAGGGGGUGGAAGAGGAGAGGACGAGUGUAAAGACAGCUUGCCUCCCCAACACUGACUGUCUGAACAGUACUAUGGUAUGUAGGACUGAGAAUAUAGCACGACUAUGUGAUGCAAAUGUAUCUCAAAAUUACUCCUCUCAGUCUGUUUUUAUCCUACUUCCACUGUCUGCUUCUAAUAUCAGCUUAAAAUAUGGAGGUACUGCACAUUUUCUUUUUUAGAAUAACCAGGGCUGUAAAUAUUUGAAAUAUGUGUUGU